AUGCCGGUUGAGAUUAUACCGGAUAUCGUCGAUGACGGGAGCGAGUCCUCACAAAGCUAUAACGUCGACUUUUCUCGUCAAUACGCCUGCGAGCCUUCCACGUCUGCCUUUCCGAGUGGGAAGUACGAUCGGGAAGGUGAAGGCCCCUGCACUGAAUGCGGGAUGCAGACUCAUGAUAUCCAACACGAUUUCCUUAGCCAACAUCAAAAAGUUCGUUUGAACGUUGACCAAGAAUUACGCAGGGGGCAGUGCCUCCUUUGCUUCCCCAUCGCCUCGGAAGCUAGUCUUAACCGGGUUGACCCAAGCCGACAAUCAAAAACUUGCGCCGAUGACAGUACGGACACACAUUGGAGUAGAUGCAGCAAACGCAUGAAGCAGACACACCACAUCGUUGCACGUCGUGUCUCCCAAUCCAACAUGUUCAAAUUCAAUCAUUCUCUUGAUGUGAAUGCUGAAAUUGAGGAAAUAAAGAUCGGAGGAAGCUACGACAUCGCGGACAUUCUUUGUGCAAUGAAAACCGCCCCUCACGACCACCUCAUUCAAGAGCUCGGCUGCGAAAGUCUAUGGAUACUCUCCUGGGAGGAUGAAAAUGCAAGUGCCAUUGGUUGCGUCGGAGGGAUUCCAAUGGUGCUCAACGCCAUGAUUCGCUUUCCUAUGAAUUCGCACUUGCAACAGUGCGCCUGCGAAACUAUUCAGAACUUAGCUUUGGACGAACAGAAUCGUCGAGAAAUUGUCGAGCUUGGCGGGAUCUCUGUUAUUGUUAAAGCUAUGAUGCGUCAUAUGGAGUGCGCCGGUAUUCAGCAGUGUGUAUGUACAGCUUUGGCCAGUAUCGCCACCGAUCCGGCCAAUCGUCCACUAGUGGCUGACGCUGGAGGCUACGAUGCCAUUGCAGUGGCAGUCCGCAACUUUGCGGACAACGAACCCGUUGCACGAGCAGCCUAUGACGCACUUGCCAUACUCGGUUUUCCACAAUGCACUUCAUUAGGAACCUGGCGGUAACAACACAAAAUGAUUUCAUAGCGAAAUCGCUUCUCGCAACAAAAACGAAUGCAGGUGGAUUUCAUCAGAAGGUUGGGCCGAUUGAGAGUGAGCCCCCGUUUCCCACAAUUCGUAAUGUAAGUGAAUUACGGUGACGAAAGGAAAGUAAGAAAAAAAAGGGUUG